AAUGGCCAGUAUAAACGAAUAUAUUGCAGGAGCAAUUGGAGGUUCUGCCAGUUUAGUAGUUGGCCAUCCUCUGGAUACAGUAAAAGUACAAAUACAAACUCAACAAUUCAUCGGUAAACCCUAUUCUGGAAACUUGAAAGCGAUCAAGAGUGUUCUACAUAGCGGAUUAAACUUCUCUACGACUACAUUAACAAUGAUACAAGAUCAAGGGGUAGCUCAGUUGAGUGUAGCGUGUCCUGUCGAUUCAAUUAAAGUUAUAUUACAAUCUCAGAUUGACAAGAGUCAAGGUUAA